CAUUCAUUCAUCUUUAAUUAAAAACCAUUAUUAUGGUGAAAUUCAAGCAUUCUCGCAUAGGACCUCAGAAAUUAUCGCUUCCUACUACAAGAACAUUGAUCUUCACCUUGUUUGCGACCUUCACAUUCCUCAUCUUCAUUCUCAUUCUCUUAUCUCUCCGUAUCCCUAAACCCAACCAUCAUGACUCCAUCUUUCAUAAUGCACUCAGAAGUGAAGUUGGUAAAGGAGAGCAUUGGGUUGAAAUAAUAUCAUGGGAGCCUAGAGCGGUUUUAUAUCAUAAUUUUCUGGCAAAAGAGGAAUGUGAACAUCUAAUCAAUAUAUCCAAGCCUAAUAUGCAAAAGUCAUUUGUUAUUGAUAAUAAAACAGGAAAGAAUGUGGAAAGCAGUGUACGAACAAGUUCUGGAACAUUUCUAAGGAUAGGACAUGAUAAAAUUGUGAGGAAUAUUGAGAAGAGAAUUGCAGAUUUUACUUUUAUACCUGUAGAACAUGGCGAAGAAUUUAAUGUUCUCCAUUACGAAGUUGGACAAAUGUAUGUACCUCAUCCUGACUACUUUACGAAUGAGUUUAAUACUAUUCCUGGGGGUCAGCGUAUAGCAACAAUGUUGAUAUACCUUUCAACUGUUGAAGAAGGGGGCGAGACGGUGUUCCCAGCUGCCAAGGGAAAUUUUAGCUCCGUGCCUUGGUGGAAUGAACUUUCUGAUUGUGGUAAAAAAGGACUUUCAAUUAAGCCAAAAAUGGGUGAUGCUUUACUUUUCUGGAGCAUGAAGCCUGAUGGAACUUUAGAUCCAUCCAGUUUACAUGGUUAGUUGCUCUUUUAUCAUCGUUUGUUCUCUAUCGGUGUCCCUUAGUUCGACAACUGAAGAUAAGUUUGAUUACAAACUUA